AUGCCAACGCUCGAGCCCAACCCCCGCUCCCUGAUCUCGCCAGUGGGGAUCGUGCGGUUCUUUGAGAUCUUCCUUUCCUGCACCGCCUUCAGCCUGGUGGCCGUCCACCACAGCUACCAGGGCUCCAAUGGCGUGUGGUGCAUGUUUACAUGGUGCUUCUGCUUCUCCGUCUCCGUCUUCAUCAUCCUUCUGGAACUCAUCGGCCUGGCCCAGGCACUGCCCAUCUCCUGGGCCGACUUCACCUCCGCCUUCUCCAUGCUGGCUGCUCUCAUGAUCUUCUCCACGUCCAUCAUCUAUCCUUCGGUCUACAUACCCAAUGCUUGCCGAAGCCGCGACUGCAGCUACGAGGGGGCUGCCACCGCCAUGUCUUGCCUCUGCUUCAUCGCCUACGCUGUCGAAGUGGGCUUGACCCGAGCCAAGUGGGGAGAGAUCAGCAGCUUUCUGUCCACCAUCCCAGGCCUCCUGAAGGUGUUCGAAGCCUACGUGGCUUGUCUCAUCUUCUCCCUGGCGGACUAUGGAAGAAUCUAUAGGAACUAUGCUGGACUUCAGUGGUGCCUGGCGGUCUACUGCAUCUGCUUCAUUGUCACACUGCUGAUUAUCAUCCUCAGCAUUGGACGUUGCCUGGGGUCCCUGCCCUUCCCGCUGGAGAAGGCCAUGGUGGGGUACAGCUUAUUGGCAGCACUUAUGUACAUAACCGCCGUCGUGGUAUGGCCAGUGUAUUGCUUCAAGAAGUUCCCCCACAUCUGUAGCACAUGCCCUCAGGCGAACAAUUGCUUAGGGGUGACCUUCCUCACGAUCUUCAACUUCAUCGCUUACCUCGUGGACCUGGUGUACUCUUCCAAGAUGGUUUUCGUGACCACGUCCACUUAG